AUGGACUCGCACUUCUUUGCCGGGUUGACAAAGUUCAAACUCGACGCCGGCAAGUUUCGCCGUGACGACGACUUCUCCGACAGAUUCAGCCACACCUUCACCACUCUGUUGUUGGUGAUCUUCACACUGGUCAUCUCGGCCCGACAGUACAUCGGCAAGCCGAUCGCAUGCUGGGUGCCGACAGAGUUCACUCGUGCCCAAGAGGAGUAUGCCGAGUCGGUGUGUUGGGUGACCAACACCUACUUCCUCCCAACCAGAGAGCACAUUGUCCCUCCUGACGUGAAUGAACGGGAAGAGCGCAAGAUUCUCUACUACCAGUGGGUGCCGUUCAUCUUCAUGAUUCAGGCCUUUCUCUUCAACCUGCCUUGCAUCAUAUGGCGACUCUUCAACUGGCAGUCUGGUAUCCAUGUAAGCGAAUUGACAAUUUUCCUAUUUUAA